AUGGCUAUUCCUACUUUCAAGCAAUUCUAUCUUCCCGAGAAGAAGGGUUUCGACAGCUUGGUGCUCCGUGAAGUCUCAAAGCCGUCUCCGAAGCAAGGCCAAAUCCUCGUGCGCAUCAAAGCCGUUUCACUGAACUGGAGAGAUGGCAUCAUUGCCCUUGGAACCUAUCCGUUUCCUGGUCCAGAUGCCCUUGUACCUGGAAGUGAUGGAGCAGGCAUUGUUGAAGAAGUCGGGGAAGGUGUGACCGAAUGGAAAGUUGGCGAUAGAGUGCUUGCCAACUUCACGCAAGAUCACAUUGCAGGAAAGCUGAACAAGAAAAGUCUCCUCUCACAGCUGGGUGGCGAGAUUCAGGGCCUUCUAGGUGAAUACUUUAUUUUCCCUAAGCUAGGAGUGGUCAAGAUUCCCGAUUACUUGACUUUCGAGGAGGCAUCUUGCCUUCCAUGCGCUGCCCUCACGGCCUGGAACGCACUCUAUGGAUUGGUUCCCAUUCGCCCUGGACAGACUGUGCUGUUGCAGGGAACUGGAGGCGUGUCCACGUUCGGACUACAGAUUGCCCAUGCCGCAGGCGCAACCACGAUCGUGACCUCGUCCUCAGAUGAAAAGCUCGCCAAGGCCAAGGAGCUCGGUGCCACCCACCUCAUUAAUUAUCGGAAGAAUCCAGACUGGGCAGCGGAGGCCAAGCGGCUCACCAAGGGUAACGGCGUUGACCACAUCAUCGAGGUCGGUGGUACUCUAACCUUACAGCAAUCCUUUGACUCGAUCGCAUUGCAUGGCCUUAUCCACUGCAUUGGCCACAUCACGAACCCUGAUCCACUUGGUGCGGGCAAGGAGCUACGCGGUCCUGAUGCUGCUUUUCUAGCGCUGGAUCGAGUCUGUAUCGUCCGGGGAGUGGUGGUAGGUUCGCGGGAGCAGUUACAGGAUAUGCUGGAGUGCUUCGGGGCGCACUCUAUCCGGCCAGUGAUUGACCGCAUAUUCGACUUCGGUGAGACCAGGCAGGCGUAUGACUACCUCUGGAGCUCUAGUCACACCGGGAAGGUGGUUAUUCGGAUCCCAUGA